AUGUGGUUCUACUACUUCAUUUGCCUAUCUCUGAUGCUGAACAUCAAUGAUGGGAUGGCUAGUAAAAUCAAAACGCUGUUGGGCAAGCUCGGCACAUUAAUGGGGAGCGGAAACUUGGAACGAUGCAAAGAUCAAUCACAUGAAGACUGUCAAGAUGCGAAAGCAACUGGCCUUUGCCAAGACCAGGCAUGGAAAGAUCAGAUCAAGCAAUUCUGCCCCAAAACAUGUGGUUUUUGCGAGAAAUAA